AUGUCGGAAAAUUCCAACAAGACAUCUUAUGAGGCUUUAAAAAAUAUCACCGUUAAAGAUCUUAAGGAUGAUAAAUCUUUCGAAGCAAAUAAAAUUUGGGAAAAUAAUCCAGCUUUGAUAUUCGUUGGCAAACCUGGUUGUCAAUUGUGUCGUGAAGAGUCAUUAAAACUGGUGUCAUUUAAAAACUUAAUUUCAGAUAAAAUGGGCUUAAGAAUGGUAGCAAUUGUUCAUGAAAAUUUAGAUAAUGAAGUCGAAGAAUUUAAUAAUGGGUUUUGGAAAGGAGAAGUAUAUUUUGACGAAAAAAAGGCCUUUUAUACUGCGCUUGGUGGUGGAGAGAUAAGAUAUGGUGGAUACAUGAGCAUAUUUAAACCUUCUGUUUGGAUGAAUAUCGGAAGAAAUUGGAAAACGGGCGUACAAGGCAAUUACAAAGGAGAGGGUAGAAUUUUAGGAGGAUUAUAUAUUUUAAAACCUGGCACAGCGGGAGUUCAUUAUCAACACAAUGAAAAGGUGUGGGGGGAUGUUGCACCAUUAGAUCAAGUUUUAACCGCUUGUUUAGAAGUCUCGCCUAAAAAAGAUGAUAAAUCUAUUCAAGAAGAAGUGUCAAGUAUCAUUGAUAAAUUUAAGAAAGGAGAAUUAGUUAUUAAUGAUAAAUUAUUGAGUAAUGAUCCACCAGCAACUUGUAAUUCAAUAGAAGCUUGCACAUAG